AUGGCCACCGCGACGCCAUUGGUCUCGUUCGGCUUAGUCGCUGACGUGCAAUACGCCGACGUCGAGGACGGGUGGGACUUUCACCACACGUCGCAGCGGUACUACCGAAACGCACUGUUACAGCUGCGAGCAGUGGUCGCGGAAUGGCUGUGCGUGGCCAAGAGCGAAGAAGCUCAGCCGCCGUUGAAACUCCGCUUUGCAGUGAACUUGGGGGACCUCGUGGAUGGCAAGAACCGACCAGCUGCGACGUCUCGACAGGCGCUGGAAGCCACUAAAGCAGCGUGGACGCCGUUCGUAGAGGCCGUGGGGCCAGUGCAUCACUUGAUUGGCAACCACGAGCUCUACAACUUCUCCGCUGCUACGAUCGAGCGCGAUCUGCUCUAUCAACAACGUCGCUACUACGACUUUCAAGUUCCAGAUGCACCUCAGUUCUGCUUCAUCGUGCUGGACUGCUACGGGCUGUCGAUCCUCGGACGUGAGGAGAGUGACCCCGUGUUUCAAGAAGCCUUGACCUUGCUUCGCCGCGUGAACCCGAACGAGAACCUCAAUUCUCCUGCGGGUCUUGUCAACGAGCAACGGAGGUUCGUCGCCUUCAACGGCGCAGUGGAUCGAGAGCAGAAGCAGUGGCUCGAGAAGACGCUCGUGCGAGCCACGACGAAUGGUCAGCACGUGGUGCUCUUCACGCACAUUCCGAUCCACCCGAGCUCGACACCUGCACCCUCUAGUUUGUUGUGGAACUACCCCGAAAUGCUGCAGCUCAUCGAGCAGUUUGACUGCAUCUGUGCCGUCUUUUCAGGUCAUGCACACGCCAACGGAUACGUCUAUGCCCACGAGGGCUCCCGCAAGAGAGGAGUGCACUAUGUCGUGUGCGACGCCGUCCUAGAAUGCGCUCCGUCCGAGACUGCUCACGCACUAGUGCAUGUGUACCCUGAAAAACUGGUCGUACGAGGCUAUGGGAAGAUCCCGACACGAGAGCUCUGUAUCUCCGCGGAACAGGCAUCGCUCUUGUGA